AUGGACUCCUUAUUGACUUCCUUACCAACUGCACCAUCCACGCCUCCUCAACAACACGACCAUGAGCACGGCCAAAAACCCCCCAACUCCUUCCAUCCCAAUAGCACCGUAGCCGUCAUAGGCGCGGGCAUCAGCGGCGUCUGCGCAGCUGCCCAUCUGCUACAACAAGGUCUGCACGUGACGGUCUUUGAACGUUCGAGCAUUGCGGGCGGGGUCUGGCAUUACGACCCGCGCACUGCACCGGAUCCGCCGUAUCCUAACAGUGUGCCUUCGAAGGGGGAUCACUUUUACGACUAUGGCUAUUAUCGGGGGGGCGAACCUGGCAGUGGCAGUGGUUAUGGUGAUGAUGAUCGUGGCCAUGAGGAAGAAGUGGAUGAGGCUUGGGAUAUUGCGACGGAAACCCCCUUUUUUGACGGGGAAGUCCAUUUUUCGCCGCCUGGCCCUUGCUACGCCGGGCUGAAGAACAACGUGCCAACUCACCUCAUGGCUAGCUCCUUGGAGACAUGGCCCGAGGACACCGAGGCAUUCAUCAACCAACGCUACAUCGAAGAGUACGUCCAGAAACUAGCCAAGAACCACGGGGUAGAUGAGGCCACCCAGUUCCACACUCGCGUGGACGAUGUCCGGAAAACACCUGAUGGGAGAAAGUGGCAAAUUCGCUCGGUCUCGCUGGAAAAGGGGGCCGAGGGGGGUAAUAAACAGCAACAACAACAGCAGCAACAACGACAACCCCGGCUUACCGAGCAGACCGCCCUAUUCGACCUCGUUGUUGUCGCUUCCGGGCACUACAACAUGCCGCGCAUCCCUCCUACCCCUGGCCUAGACACCUGGAAAGCACACUACCCCGACCGCAUCACUCACUCUAAGCAAUACCGGUCUCCUGAACCCUACCGCGGAAAACACGUGCUCGUCAUCGGCGCCAGCGUGUCUGCGAUGGACAUUUGCCGUGAAUUAGACGGCGUGGCUGCCCACAUCACUCAGAGCGUGCGAGGCGGGAAGUUUGAUCUCCCAGCCUCGUUGUUGCCUGAGAGUGUCGUGCGCGUGGGCGCCAUCGCCGAGUUCACGCUCCCUCAGGACCUCUCAACAACCCACAGUAGCAACCCCUUACCCCCCAAAGCGCCCAUCCCAGGCCACGUCCGCCUCCUCGACCAACCGCAGGAUACGAGCAGCAGCAGCAGCAGCAGUAACAACAUCCCCCCCAUCCACCACGUUAUCCUAGCCACCGGCUACAUCACCUCCUACCCCUUUCUCCACCACCUCCACUCCGACACCUCCCCAGCCCACACCGCAGCCGGCACCCACCUCGUAGUCACCGCCGAAGGCGAGAUGGCACACAAUCUCCACCGCGACAUCUUCUACAUCCCCGACCCAACACUUACCUUCAUCGGCGUGCCCUACUACGUGGCCACCUUCUCGCUGUUCGAUUUCCAAGCCCAGGCUCUGGCGCGGGUGUUUGCGGGCAAGGCGCGCCUGCCGGACCAUGCCCAGAUGCGGGCGGAGUAUGACAAGCGGGUGGAGGAGAAGGGGCUGGGUCGUGGGUUUCACUCGCUGCAGGCGCCUGGGCUGGAGGUUGCGUAUGUCCAGGAACUGGUGGACUGGGUGAAUGCGGAUGGGGCGGCGGCGGGGGAACCGUUGAUGCGGGCGCAUGGGGAGGAGUGGAAGAGGGGGUAUGAGGAGUUGAAGGCUAAGAUGACGGGCUUUCUUAAGUCGGGCCGCGGGGGCGGUGUCGAUUCUGGGGAUGUCAAGUCGUAA